AUGUCCAACACCACACUUACUCUUGCUAAUUCAUCGACUCCGGCGCCAUCUGCAUCUCGAGAAUUGGAGGCUUUACAACACAAUAACACUUGGUCACUUGUACCCUUGCCCGUUGGUCACAAACCCAUUGCCUUGUUGCUAAAGGGUAUACUCAGGUUGAGGAAUGCCUUCCUCCACGGUGAUUUACAUGAAGAAGUCUAUAUGGAGCCCCCAACUGGCCUUCGCCGACAGGGGGAGCACUUAGUAUGUCGGCUCAAUAAAUCUCUUUAUGGCCUCAAACAUGCCUCCAAAAAUUGGUUUUCUAAAUUCUCUCAUGCUAUUCAGAGGGCUGGUUUUCAACAAUCAAAAGCUGACUAUUCUCUUUUCACAAAGGUCACGGGCAAUUCCUUUACUGCCGUUCUUAUUUAUGUUGACGAUAUUCUGCUCACAGGGAAUGAUCUACAAGAAAUGGCAUGCCUCAAGUCAUUUCUUCUAAAGCACUUCCACAUUAAGGAUCUUGGAGAUUUAAAAUAUUUCUUGGGUAUCAAGUUUUCCCGUUCCAGGAAAGGCAUUUUCACGUCACAAAAGAAAUAUGCAUUAGAUAUCUUAGAAGAUGCUGGUUUUUUAGGAGCACGCCCAGAAAAGUUCCCAAUGGAACAACAUCUAAAACUCACCCCUACAGAUGGCAUUCUACUUGAUAAUCCUAGUAGGUACAGAAGACUAGUAGGUUGGUUAAUCUAUCUUAUUACCGUGACAAGGCCGGACAUAGUAUACUCAGUCCAAACUUUGAGUCAGUUUAUGCACCAGCCCAGGAAACCACAUUUGGAAGCAGCUCUACGAGUACUAAGAUUUAUCAAGGGGACUCCUGGUCAAGGUUUACUUUUUUCGGCCACCAACUAUCUUGCCUUAAAAGCUUAUUGUGAUUCAGAUUGGGCAGGUUGCCCAACCACAAGAAGAUCAAUCACAGGUUAUUGUAUUUUCUUGGAUAAUUCUCUCGUCUCUUGGAAGGCUAAGAAACAAUCUAAUGUUGCCCGAUCAUCAGCAGAGGCAGAAUAUCGAGCCAUGUCAGCCACAUGUUUAGAGCUCACCUGGCUACGCUACAUUUUACGUGAUUUGAGAGUCAUUUAG